UUAAAAAGGAAAAAGUUGGAUCUAAGCAAAAUCCAGCUACAAGUAGUAGUGCACUGGUUAAGGCAUUUCUGGUACAGUGAUUUCCACCUUUAUUUCAGCUCUAAGACAGCGUAGAUUAUUAGAGAGAAGCAUCCUCAGUGGAGUCAAAUAGUCUUGUGCACAUAUAAUUUGUGAAGUGUGUGUCCAAACUCAAAAGGCAAAGAUGCCUCGUGGAACUCUUGAAGUUGUUCUGAUCAGUGCCAAGGGCCUCGAUGACAAUGAUUUUCUCUCCAGCGUAGAUCCUUAUGUGAUCCUCACAUACCGGACACAGGAGCACAAGAGCACUGUGCAAGAAGAUGGUGGAUCCAACCCACAGUGGAAUGAGAGCUUUCUUUUCACUGUCUCAGACAGCGAGACUGAACUUAAUCUAAGGAUAAUGGAUAAAGACAAGUUUAGUCAAGAUGAUUCUCUUGGCGAUGCAACAAUUCAUUUAGAUGCAGUGUUUGAAAAUGGUAGCCUUCCAGAAACUGUUUACCAGGUUGUGAAAGGCGAAGAUUAUUGUGGAGAGAUUAAGGUGGCUCUCACUUUUACUGCUGAGAAAAAUGUUGAUCAGGGGGAAUACACUGAACAGAACGAGGGCUAUGGUGGAUGGAAAGAAUCCAGAGAAGAAUUUUAAAGUGAAGGAAGGAUUUUACAUAUUUCCCUGGCCCGGAAUUAUUUUUAGAAUGGAAAAUAAGCAGUUUUGGGUCACUUUUUGGGAAAUUCAAUUAGUGUGUUUAUGUUUUCUGUGUGAAGAUCUGAUGGUGUUGUGUUGUUAGCUUACAUUAUGCUAAAUAAACUUCGUUAUGCUACAUAUUAUCUUUUAUGCAUUUCACAUUUUAUU